GCUCUGAAAAGAUCUUUUGAGGUCGAGGAGGUAGAUCAGUCUUCAAAUUCCUCCACCCCACAAAGACGGACCCCGAACCCCCUCCUCAGGUCCACAGUGUCCACCUCCACACAGAAGUUUCAGGAACUCGGCACCAGGAAUUUGGAGCCAUCUGCCCGACAUGUGGACCCCACGGGCCAAAGAUCGCCCAAGCCCUCUUUGAGGAGAGUGGAGCUCUCUGGACCCAAACUGCCCGAGCCGGUGUCCAGAAGAACAGAAAUCUCCAUUGACAUCUCGUCCAAGCAGGUGGAGAACUCCACCUCAGGGUUGUCGAGGUUUGGCCUCAAACGAGCAGAUGUGCUGGGGCACAAACCCCCCGAGCCCACCCCACGGAGGACUGAGAUCACCCUCGGCAAGCCCCAGGAGCCGGGUCUCCGGAGGGUGGACGCGCCACCAUCAAAGAUCCCUGAGAUGCCCCAGCGAAGAGCCGAGGCGGCCAACGCUCCCGUGCCCGACGUGGCCACCAAGCGCGUGGAGAUUCAGGUAGCAAAGGCUGCUGAGGUCCCCCCGGCACGCCAAGCGGGGGGUUCGGAGCCUCCCCUGGCCCCCCAGCCUCCCCAGGCAGAGCCAAAGCCGCAGCCGGCACUGAUGGAGAGCCCACCAAAGAGAGAAGAAGGCCCUGCUCCUGCUCCAUCGCCUCUCCCUGGGCUCAGCCCUGCGGUCACAGAGCAGUAA